GUGGAGUAGGCGCCUCCGUCCCGUCCACGACUCGCAGGGGACAGGAGUGCUUACGUUCGGAAGCAAAGGAAUCUCCAGGCAAAGAGAGGAGUCGGCUUUCAGCCCUUCUGGAGAGGGGAAGACCUGGCCCUGCGACUUCCUUGUACCUAGACGGUGGAACGCAGGAGAGCCCCUCCGCUCAGACCUCCGGCAGACAGAAAGAGCCCGCCACCCGAGAAAGACCCAGUUGGGGGGGGAGGAGACAACUCCUGGUUGGGAGAGGCUCCUCCCCUCCUCCCCACGGUAACAGGCAGGGUGUGGGGCGUGUGCCACCUUCCCGAGGUAGGACCCCCUUCUCCUACCCCCCCUUCUCGUCCCUCGGCUCCUCAUCCUCAGGGGACCCAGUUCCCCUCCCCAGCUUGGGAGGCUCAGCCAAGUACAGGAAGAGCCACUGAUGAUGAGACCUGUCAUCUGCCUCUGAAGAGGGAAAUCCCUCCAACCCCAAACUCCAGUAUCAAGUGGUUCCCUCCUUUUGCCAAGGGAACCUUGGAGACAGAACCCAGAACUACCAUGGCCUCUGACCUAGAGAGCAGCCUCACUUCCAUAGACUGGCUCCCCCAGCUGACCCUCCGAGCUACCAUUGAGAAGCUCGGGAGUGCCUCCCAGGCUGGACCUCCAGGGAGCAGCCGCAAGUGUUCACCAGGCUCACCCACAGAUCCUAAUGCCACCCUGAGCAAAGAUGAGGCAGCAGUCCACCAGGACGGUAAACCACGAUACAGCUAUGCCACACUCAUCACCUACGCCAUCAACUCCUCUCCAGCCAAGAAGAUGACCCUCAGCGAGAUUUACCGCUGGAUCUGCGAUAACUUCCCCUAUUACAAGAAUGCGGGCAUUGGCUGGAAGAAUUCAAUUCGGCACAACCUUUCUCUCAACAAGUGUUUCCGGAAGGUUCCCAGACCUCGGGAUGACCCUGGGAAGGGCUCGUAUUGGACAAUUGACACCUGCCCUGACAUUUCCCGAAAGAGGAGACACCCUCCAGAUGAUGAUCUAUCCCAAGACUCACCAGAACAGGAGGUGAGCAAGAGCCCAAGGGGAGGUGUUCCAGGGAGUGGAGAAGCUUCACUGCCUCCUGAGGGAAGUCCUCAGGUGUCGCUUCAGAGCCCCACAUCUAUUGCCAGCUAUAGCCAGGGCACAGGAUCUGUGGAUGGUGGAGCAGGGGCUCCAGGCCGAGAAAAUGCUGAGGGUCCCCCUCCCCUCUAUAACACCAACCAUGACUUCAAAUUCUCCUACUCAGAGAUCAACUUUCAGGAUCUAAGCUGGUCCUUCCGCAACCUGUACAAAUCCAUGCUGGAGAAGUCCUCUUCCUCCUCUCAACACGGCUUUUCGUCUCUUCUGGGGGACAUGCCACCCUCUAACAACUACUACAUGUACCAGCAGCAGCCGCCGCCGUCUCAACAGCAACAGCAGCAGCAGCCACCGCAGCCACCUCCCCAGCAAUCACAGCCACAGCAGCAGCAGGCACCAGCCCAGGGCCCCUCCACUGUAGGGGGUGCUCCUCCACUGCACACCCCAAGCCCAGAUGGGUGUACUCCACCAGGGGGAAAGCAAGCUGGGGCUGAAGGCUAUGGACCGCCCCCUGUGAUGGCCAUGCAUCCAUCCCCACUGCAGCAUGGAGGCUACCACCCUCAUCAGCACCAUCCCCACUCCCACCCUGCCCAGCAGCCACCACCAGCACAGCAACAGGCACAAGGCCAGGCUCCUAUCAACAGUACUGGCUUUGCCUUUCCUCCUGACUGGUGCUCCAGUAUUGACUCCUUAAAGGAAAGCUUCAAGAUGGUAAAUCGGCUCAAUUGGUCCAGCAUUGAGCAGUCACAGUUCUCAGACUUGAUGGAGAGUCUACGACAGGCAGAGCAGAAGAACUGGACCCUCGAUCAGCAUCACAUUGCCAAUCUGUGUGACUCCCUCAACCACUUCCUUACUCAGACUGGUCAUGCGCCCCCACAAGGGGGCUCCCACCGGCCACCAGCCCCUGCCCGUAUGGGUGACUCCUGUGCCCUCACCACCGGCAAACAGGAGCCAGCCAUGAACCAAGUGAACUCUUACGGGCACCCACAAGCCCCCCACCUCUACCCUGGUCCGUCACCAAUGUACCCAGUCCCUACCCAGGACUCAGCAGGAUACAGUCGCCCAGCACACCAUAUGGUCCCACGGCCACCAGUCCCACCUCCUGGUACCAACGAGGAGAUCCCUGAUGACUUCGACUGGGACUUGAUCACUUAGUGCAUCGUGGAGUGUGGACAUCAGCCCAGGGCUGGGUGGUGAAGUCUGGCAGUGGGGAAAGAGCAACCCCAGCCCGUCCUUCCCCCCUCGCCUGUAUAUAGAUACUGAUCUUCUUUUUGUUCUUUCUCUGUCAGAGAAGCCACCGCAAGAUGCUGCCGAAGAUAAUCCCCUCUUUCCUGCCUCAUAUCUCUUCCUUCCUGUUUUUUCCUAAUUCUUGUAUUAUUAUUCUUAUGUUAUUAUUAUUAUUAUUAUUAUUUUAUUAUUAUUAUUGGUUAUAUACUGUCCCCAGUCUCUUGUCCCUACACCAUGGACCAUGUCCACCCCUUGCUAAUUUAAAAUCAUCAGGCUGGAAGAUGAGGCCGUGAUAACUGCAGAGAAAGGAUUCAAAAUCUGAUUUACCCUUUCUCUUUGAGAAACUCAAUGCUAAUCCCACCCUUUUGGUCCUAAAUCGUUUUCUGUUCCUGUCAGUUUCAGACGGGGACUGGAGAGACCACAUCAUCAAGUAGAAGGAGUCUAAGACACUGCUUGGUAGCCAUGAAUUUGCAGGUUUUACUCUGUGGUGCUAAUUCUGUCCCCUGAGCUCCUCCUUGUCCCUUUAUACUUCCAGUCCUUCUGUCCAUCCUCAUUCCCCAUCAAGGGUAAGAGUGAACAUGGUGGUACCUGAGGGCAACAAAAUCCUAGUGGAAUUAGAGACCUGGAAGGAGUCCAGUGGAAUGCUGCAGGGAAGUGAUGGAAUAUAAAUCAGUGUGAAAUUGGGUCUAUGCUGCCAUGUGACAUAAGCAUCCAUUGGCUUAUUCCUAGCCCAUUCUCCAAGGACAUAGGAUUGGUUUUAGCCAGAACUCUGCUUCUGUCAUGGGCAUGAGGACGGCUAUUCAGCAUAUGUUCAUCUUCUUGGAGAUGAUUUCAACUUAUCCAUUUUAGCUUUUUAAAAAAUAGUUUUCUCUGAAAGUUAACUGUGGCUCUUAUUUGCAUUUUCAAAUUAUCCUUCUAUUCCCUUCGUCCAUUUAGCAAAUAUUAUUUUGUCCUCCUUUAGUUGUUUGCCCAAAUCUUCCAUCCAUCUUAUUUUCUUGGAUUCUCAAGAAAGAAAAAGUAAGUCAUUAUCACUCUGAGUUUCUCAUGUCCUAAGGCUUGAUAGGAAUCUUUUUUCCACCUGUCAUAGCAGACUCUGAUCUGUAGAAUUGGUGAUAGGAGGGAGAGAAGAGGAAAAGGGAGCUGGCAUAGAAAUGGGUAGGGAAUAUUUCAAUUAUUUAGCUAUAUAGGCGGUUGCUUCUCUUAGAAUCCAAGUCAUUGCGGCUGAAGCUUUUGCAAUUAGGCUUUUAAGGGGUGAAGGAAAUUGGUAGGAGGGAGUAAAUAAUCUAGAGGCAAGAGUUCAGUUAGGGCCAGGGGGACUUGGAGAAAAACGUAUACGGAUAACUCAUCUCCUUCAACAAGGGGUGGCCAUGACUUAUUGCUACAAUGUACUUAGUGUAUAUUUAAUGUUAAUUAUUGAAUUUGAGCUAUGAAAGAGAGGAACAAUUUUACUUCCGUUUUUAUUUCACUAAAUUUUCACUUUCUGAAAGCUGUGGGACAAAAUAUGUAGAGUGGACAAGGCCACUCUCCCUGUGAUUUCUGCUUUUUGUUUAUAUUCUUUUAUUUACACGUGAUUUCCAAGGGAUUUGGCUUUCCGUUCUCCCACGUUUCCCCCUCAUCCACUCCUUUCUUUCUUUGGAAGGGGGUUAUAUAUGAGAGUUGGUUGAAGAAGUCCAGUGAAGCUGAAGUAAAGGAGCAAGAUAGGGCACUUAACUAAAGAGCACUUUAUUUCUUUGAAGCCUUUGUAAGAAAGAAAUGGGGGUGUGAGGGCUUGAAUCUCCCAUUAUGUUGGAAGGCACUUAGUGGGGUUGGAGUAUGACAUAAUAUUUCCCAUUGGAGAAAGGAGCAUUUCUCUCAAAGGGUGGCAAAAUGCCUUCGCCCAGUGUCCCAGUUUUAGGCAUCUCUUCCUAUAUUCCUUCCAUUCAGGGUUCAUCCUACACACAACUUCCCAUCAGUUUCCCAAGACUUUCUCCUUACAAAUUUUCACUUCUCUUUCCUAAACACCUUUUCUAUUCAGAUCCAUACAGGAUUUGCACGGGUAGAUUAAAUUACACAUGCAAAUGCCCCUUGUUCAUCUGUGUCUUCUGAAAACUAGUCUCAUUAAGAACCUUGGUGGGCAUGGGGGCCGGCCCGUGGCUCACUUGGGAGAGUGCGGUGCUGAUAACUCCAAGGCCACGUGUUUGGAUCCCU